AUGUUGAUCUGGAGGAACGCCGGGCGGAGGCCUAAAAACGUCUUGGCACAUUGCUACUUGAAGAAGUACAAUAUAACAUCACAAAAGCAACCAACGUCGCAAAACGGCCAAACAGACAUUGGUGGAGAAACAGGCGGAGAAGCGAUGGCGGGAGCAGAGAGUGUACCGUUCGACGAAGUGAGCAACAUCACGGAGCCCACCCUUGAAGAAAUCAACCAGGAUGAAGGCGUUGCUGACUACUUAUUCAACGGGGACAUCAACCUUACUGAGUAUCAAAUGGAGCGCCAUUUCAGAAAACAACUAGAAAUGAUCGAGCGCAGUUUGACUGAAAGCAACAUGACCCGCCACAAACGUCAAAUGGAUUCUGUCAAUCCACGAUGGCCGAACAACCAGCUGUUUUAUGAGUUUCAUAGUAGCACAAAUACCAGAUUUCGAAAUAUCGUGAAACAGGCUCUGAACUACAUAAGCGGUCGUACGUGUAUCACAUUUACCCAGAGCGCUUCCGCACCCAACCGCGUGCAGGUUGGCAUCGCUGCGCACGAGUUCAUGCAUGCUCUGGGAUCGUGGCACAUGCAUAUGCGUGGCGACAGAGACGACUUCAUCAUCGUUGAUCUGACUAACGUGCCGCUGGUAGGCACCCAAGCCGCUCCAUCAGUAGUACCUCCUAGGGAUCCAGAGGAAUCGAAGAAAAACUACAGCAAUGACUUUCGCUGA